AUAUAAAACGAAGUAAAAGUGGGGUUGGAGAUAGAGGAGGGAAAAUGGGGAAGGGGAAGGAAGGUAUUCCGAUGAUAGAUCUUUCAAAUUUCCCUGGAGAGUGUGGGAAACUGAGGGAAGCGUGCCAAGACUCGGGAUGUUUCAGGGUGGUGAACCAUGGCAUCCCUCUGGACCUCAUGUGGGACAUGAAGAGGGUUGUGAGAUCUCUGCUGGACCUUCCCAUGGAAAUCAAGCGCCGGAAUACGGACGUGAUCCCCGGAAGCGGGUACAUGGCGCCUAGCCAGGUCAACCCUCUUUAUGAAGCUUUAGGCCUCUAUGACAUGGCUUCCUCCUAUGCUGUGCAGACCUUCUGUUCUCAAUUGGAUGCCUCCCCUCAGCAAAGGGAGAUCGUAGAGAAGUAUGCUCAAGCAAUUUCUGAGUUAGCCAUGGAAAUAGGAGGAAAGCUAGCUGAAAGCUUGGGAUUGAAGAGUGAUUUCUGCAAAGAAUGGGCAUGCCAAUUCAGGAUAAACAAGUACAACUUCACCCCGGAAGCGGUAGGCUCCACCGGAGUACAAAUCCACACGGAUUCCGGCUUCCUGACAAUACUUCAGGAGGAUGAAAAUGUUGGUGGUCUGGAG